AUGUACGUCUCUGAACUUUAUCUCGACCACAACAGAAUACAGUACCUGCCGGUGGGAACACUGAACUCAUUUGUGAGUACUGAAGUUGUGGACUUAUCGUGGAACCAAAUGAAGAAUAUUUCGGAUAAACAUUUCUCCAGUCUACGGGAACUAAAACGGCUGUCUUUGGCCGGGAACCCAAUCGGCAAGUUGAACAUAACACUGCCAACCAAUCUCGAGGAACUCGACGUCAGUUCGUGCGAGCUGUCGUCGCUCGGAGAGCGAACGUUAAAGGGGCUGCACCUAAAAAGCCUCGAUAUUUCCAACAACAGCCUCGUGGCUGUGGACUGGUCUCUGGUGGACAACGAGACCUCAGUGCGUGCGAACAGCAAUCCUUGGGACUGCAGCCUGUUGUGGCAGAACAAACCUGAGUUCGCCAGGAGUCAAGAGCGAUGUGCGACUACCACCGGGUCUGCAACGACCACGCCAGUUGCAGCUGAGGUGGGCCCAGAAGCGUCGACGACUACGGAGGGGGCUCGGGUCCCUGAGGAGCUGCUGUGGAGCUCCUUCGGCAUCGUGGAGGCCGUGCUAGUCGGCUGGCUGGUGUACUUCCUGCUGCUGGGGUCGGCGGCCUGGCUGCGAGCGCGCUCUCUGCACAGGGAUCUGGCGCGCGACGGCAACUGGUGGCUCGAACCCCGCCUCUGA